AGAAGUUGUUUGGUUUACUUUUAUUUUGAAAACUAUACUGACAAGUUCCUGCUGAAUGCUGGUUAAUUAUAGCUUGAUGCCGCUUAAAGUAAAUGCCCAUUGCCUGUCCACUUGCCCAAUAAAAAUUGGAACCAAGGGCCCUGGGUUUCUAUGUAACCCUGUCACGUCUGUAAUGUCCACUCUCAAUCCACGUUUACAAAUAUUGAUUCAGUUACCCACGAUUAACAAAUUCCAUUCACCUGUAACGUAUCUACAAAACCUGGAAAACAGGAUGUUCCAUUCAGGUAUAAUACAAUGCCAAGGGGAACUGAAUUUGCUGCAGCUAUACCAGUGUUGUGUUCAAACCUUUAUCAGGCAAGAAAUUCAGGGCAAAGUGCAUCGAAUAUCAGCUAUCAUCAAGAUAUGGGAGAUGCAGUUUCUUCAAUAAUCUCAUUCAAUGUUAUUAUUUAUGACCAAGGGGGUUUAUGACCAAGGCUGUGGUAUAAAGGUUAUCCUUUAGUUUCAGCUGUGUUCAUCACUGCUGUCUCAGGUAAGCUGCACACAACCUGACAUACACUGCAACAGUCUUUAGGGUUACAGUCACUUAUAGAGCACAGAGAGUGGAAGGAAUCGUGAAGCAGUUUAAAGUUGCUCUGUUUCUUCUGGUGUUUACAGGAUGUUCAAGUCAGUGAUACUGUUCCUGACACUGUCAGGCCUCCAAGCUGCCCCACUUGCAGUCCUGAGAAGUUGGCAGAAGACAUCUUCAACCCAUGAGCUCCCGGAUGGCUUUCACCAGGGCACUGAACACUCCAACAUCCGUGAACCUGGGGGCUUCCGACAAGGCACAGAGCCCUCAAGGAGGUUUCUUGUUGACCUUAACACAGGCCUGGUGCAGGAACACAUCAGUGAGAUGGACAGGAUAGUGGAGGGAUUUGGAGAGAUGGAGAGAAGACACUGGCUGACAGAUGAGGUCCCCGUUGAUGUUCCAGCCCAGAAGAAUGGUGGUGGUUGGGUUCGGGUGGAGGAACCCUCUGCUCCUUAUCUCCAAGAUGGGUUCAGACAGGGAACCGAACCCAUGAUUUCUAUUCCAGAUGGUUUCAGACAGGGAACCGAACCCAUGAUGUCUAUCCCAGAUGGUUUCAGACAGGGAACUGAACCCAUAAUGUCUAUCCCAGAUGGUUUCAGACAGGGAACUGAACCCAUAAUGUCUAUCCCAGAUGGUUUCAGACAGGGAACCGAACCCAUAAUGUCUAUCCCAGAUGGUUUCAGACAGGGAACUGAACCCAUAAUGUCUAUCCCAGAUGGUUUCAGACAGGGAACCGAACCCAUAAUGUCUAUCCCAGAUGGUUUCAGACAGGGAACCGAACCCAUAAUGUCUAUCCCAGAUGGUUUCAGACAGGGAACUGAACCCAUGAUGUCUAUCCCAGAUGGGUUCAGACAGGGAACCGAACCCAUGAUGUCUAUCCCAGAUGGUUUCAGACAGGGAACCGAACCCAUGAUGUCUGUCCCAGAUGGUUUCAGACAGGGAACCGAACCCAUGAUGUCUAUCCCAGAUGGUUUCAGACAGGGAACCGAACCCAUGAUGUCUAUCCCAGAUGGGUUCAGACAGGGAACCAAACCCAUGAUGUCUAUCCCAGAUGGUUUCAGACAGGGAACCGAACCCAUGAUGUCUAUCCCAGAUGGUUUCAGACAGGGAACCGAACCCAUGAUGUCUAUCCCAGAUGGGUUCAGACAGGGAACCGAACCCAUGAUGUCUAUCCCAGAUGGUUUCAGACAGGGAACCGAACCCAUGAUGUCUAUCCCAGAUGGUUUCAGACAGGGAACCGAACCCAUGAUGUCUAUCCCAGAUGGUUUCAGACAGGGAACCGAACCCAUGAUGUCUAUCCCAGAUGGUUUCAGACAGGGAACCGAACCCAUGAUGUCUAUCCCAGAUGGUUUCAGACAGGGAACCAAACCCAUUCUUACAAUCCCAGAGCGUUUUAGACAGGAAACUGAACGCAUUACCUCCAGGCUUCAAACAAAAAGAGUGGCUUGUAAGGGUGAGGUCAUCGAUGGAAACUGCUAUGAGUUCAACCCAACGAUGCUGACCUUUCAAGAUGCACAGGCUUUAUGCAGAGCCCUCGCCCCAAAUGCUGAGCUUGCAUCUGUAACCACUGGCGAUCUGCAUUCCCGCCUGGUCUCCCUGGCAACCAAGGAUGGUGAGAGCAACCCUGUGUUGACCUGGUUGGGAGGCAUAGUCAAGAACCAGCAGGCAUCAUGGGUAGAUGGGUCAGAGUGGAGUUACAGCGACUGGAUGCCAGGUCACCCCAACAUUCACACUGAUAAAGCUGUCUGUGUGGAGAUGUUUAAGCUAGAUGAGAGCUGGUGGACGGCAGCCGACUGUGAACUGAAGAGAGCGUCCAUCUGCUCAUACCAGAUCACUGCAUGAAAACCACAAAGAAACACAGCAUAAAUGGAAGGUUUUCUUGAAUCGCUCUCUUAUGAAUACCCUUAACAAUCUUACAGACAAUAUUGUUUCCAUCAGUUUGGGCUACCAUCUGUCUCCAUUUCCUUAAAUAAAACUUGGCAUUUUA